AUGGCCGGUAUCCUCGCUAUAUACGGCCUAGUUGUCUCUGUUCUGAUUGCAAACACCCUCUCCCAAAAGGCGGCUCUCUACACCAGUCUUAUUCAGCUGGGUGCAGGCCUCUCGGUUGGACUGUGUGGGCUAGCUGCUGGGUUUGCGAUUGGAAUCGUGGGCGAUGCGGGCGUGAGAGGAACGGCGCAGCAGCCUCGGCUUUAUGUGGGCAUGAUCCUUAUUCUGAUCUUUGCUGAGGUCUUGGGAAGGCCUGUAUGGGCUGAUUGUGGCCCUUUUGAUGAACUCUAG